AAAGCGCAGUACCCUCGUAUGAUUAUUUUUCCUGCAAUACGAUACCAUCCCCUGCUUCGGCAACUGCGCACGUUCCGUCUUGACUCUAGUUGAGAGGCUCGACUUCAGAGAGCCAGAGAAAUGCAUGAAUUACACACGAGUCGAUAUACGAGAAGGUGUUUGAAUUCUUUUCGUCCUGCAGAAGAUGGAUGGCUCAUUCUUGAGUUGGUUCACGGUAUCUAUCGUCGGAGAUCUUCCAUGCAAUGAUCGAAGCGCCUUACACAUCGUAUCUUGAUCUCGAAGAACAUCAAUCUCGUGGCUAUGUCGCACUUGUAAAAUCAUCGCUCUCAGCUCUCCAACAUUCAUAGUUCGUAUAGCUAGAGAAAGAAACAUGUCACGCCGGACCCUAAGUGCAGUCUUCAGUGAAAACCCAUCAUCACGUUUCAGAGAUAUUUGCUCACGGAUAUUGGUUUUUUGCAACUCACGGUCUCUUAGAGACGGUAUAUGCGUUCACAGCGCAGUUAUCAAGUUGGGUUUCGAGGAUGAUCUGUACUUGAACAACAACCUCUUGUGCCUUUACUCGAAAUGCCGUGGUCUUGAGCAAGCACGCCAGUUUUUUGAUGAAAUGCCACACAGGGAUGUAGUGUCUUGGACGGGGCUUCUGUCUGCUUAUGUUAAAAGUGGGAAUCAUGAGAAAGCCCUGCAGUUUUUUUCUUCAAUGUUGAUGUCGGGGCAGACUCCGAAUGAGUUUACUCUUUCGAUUGUUUUGCGGUCAUGUUCCGCACUAGAAGAAUUCAACCAUGGAUCUAGUAUCCAUACUUAUAUCGUAAAGAAGGGGAUGGAGUCGAAUCCAAUCCUCGGUAGUAAUUUGAUUGAUCUAUACUACAAAUGUGGUUAUAGAGAGGAAGCUUGUAAUAUACUUAUGCAUAUGGAAAAUAGCGAUGCAAUUGCUUGGACAACAAUGAUAUCGUCAGUCCUUGAAGACCGGAAAUGGAACUUGGCAUUACAUCUAUACCUCCGGAUGGUUGAGGCCAAGGUUCCUCCGAAUGAGUUCACGUUUGUUAAGCUUCUUGCUGCAUCGAGCUUUCUUGGUUUGAAGUGUGGAAUGCUUAUUCAUGCCCAUUUGAUAAUGUGGGGAAUUCAGUUGAAUUUGAUAUUGAAGACAGCUAUAGUGGACACGUACUCAAGAUUUCACAGGAUGGAGGAUGCCGCAAAGGUCUUCUCUCUGACGCCCGAUUGUGAUGUGUUCUUGUGGACUACAAUCAUUUCUGGAUUUGUGCAGAGUUCAAAAGUCAGAGAGGCCGUCAAGGCAUUUCUUCUGAUGGAAAUAUCUGGGGUUACAGCAAAUCAUUUUACGUACUCGAGCCUCUUGUCCGCUUGCUCAGCAAUUCGGUCGCUGGAACUGGGACAACAGCUCCACUCAAGGGUAAUCUUGGUUGGCCUGGAUGAAGAUGUUUCUGCUGGAAACGCGCUUAUAGACAUGUAUAUGAAAUGCUCGUGCAGAGUGGAAAAUGCAUUUCAAGUUUUUAGAUGCAUAUACUCACCAAAUGUCAUCUCUUGGACUUCCUUGAUUGCUGGUCUUGCUGCACAUAACUAUAUAAGGGAAGCUUUCCUGUUCUUCCUAGAAAUGCGAGAGGCUGGAGUUGAGCCAAAUUCCUUCACUCUCUCUAGCAUUCUCGGGGCUUGUGGUAUGACAAAAUAUCCUACUCAUGCUAUGCAGCUUCAUGGGUUUAUAAUCAAAAGUAAGGCAGACCAUGACAUUACUGUUGGCAAUGCACUUGUUGAUGCCUAUGCUGGACUGGGAUUGUUCGAUGAUGCAUGGGGUGUUACAAGCACGAUGGACCGCAGAGAUACCAUCACAUACACGACUUUGGCUACAAGAAUGAAUCAUGCGGGUCAUCAUGGUAUGGCAUUGAAAGUGAUUAGAAAUAUGGUAAAGGAAGAUGUCUUGAUGGAUGAAUUUAGUCUGGCCUGUUUCUUGUCCGCAUCAGCAGGGGUGAAUGAAAUGAUAUCUGGGAGGCAACUUCACUGUUAUUCUGUAAAGUCAGGCCUUGGCAGAUGGAUUUCAGUCUCAAAUGGCCUAAUUGACUUAUAUGCAAAAUGUCAGUGUAUGAAAGAUGCACACAAAGCUUUUGAAGAAAUACCUGAACCAGAUACUGUGUCCUGGAAUGGGUUGAUCUGUGGAUUGGUAUCGACAGGGAAUAUAUCUCCUGCUUUCUCCAUGUUUGAAGAUAUGAGGAUGUCAGGAGUCAAACCUGAUUCGGCGACACUCUUGUUAGUGCUUUCUGCUUGCAGUCGCGGGGGUUUGGUCGAUCUUGGUCUUGACUAUUUUCAUUCUGUUAAAGAAAUAUAUCAAAUAGCACCAGAAUUGCAUCACUAUAAUAGUCUGGUCAAUCUUCUUGGCCAAGCAGGACGUCUAGACGAAGCCAGGGACAUGAUAGAGAACAUGCCCUUAAAACAAAAUGCAAUGAUCUACAAAACGUUGCUCAGUGCCUGUAGAUUACAUAAGAAUGUACCUUUGGGUGAAGAGAUGGCAGGAAAAGGAAUGGAGCUUGACCCAUUUGAUCUUACCUUCUAUCUUUUACUCGCAAAGCUGUAUGAUGCUUCUGGCAGAUCUGAUCUAGGUGAUGGGACUCGCCAGAUGAUGAGAGAUUUGGAUUUGAGGAGUAUGCCUCGGCUGAAUCAACAUGUCUCUUUUGCUGGAGAUAGGUUCGAUGUGCAUGUGUAAUACUUGUGGAAGUUCAUCAUGUUGGAUCUUGCCUCCUCAAUGAUAUAUAUGUGAGGAUCAUUGUGAUUUUUCUGAGAUUAAGCCACCUCCUGUUGCAGAGCUAAGAGAUCUCGCUUCUGUUAGCGACUCAAUUGUUUGAUUGAUCAGUCAAGUGAGAAUAUGGGCAAUGUGACCUCAGGUCCUCAAGAGAUGGAGUGUAUCACAAAAACCUCAUCUGUGGCAAUGAGAAGCGGUGAAGAAAUUUGUAUUCACCUCAAGCUUCUGUCAUGUCCAAAAA